CAUGUAAACAUAAACAAUUGUCAUGCGCUCGUAAUUUUGAGUUAAUCUGUACUGUUAUUAGUAUUAUUAAAGCUUAUUCAUAUCAAUGUGUGAAAUUAAACUAACCGUGUUAAAACUGAUAUCUUAAUAUAAUGUUCUAAUAUCUACUAAAAAUAUUGAAAAUGCUGAAAAUUCUUGACUUAUCACGAAAACUAUAUUAUCCAUAUCGUAAUAUUUCUACAAAAGUCCCGUUAUUUAAAGAACCCAAACGUAAAGUUAAAGAAACAGUAGAACUAGUAACUUUAGUUGAUCAGAACGACAGAAUUUUGGGACUUAAAGCUAAAACGGAGAGUGAAAAGCUUGCUAGAAAGCUAAAUCUUACGUUGGAAAGAGUGUACGAUACAAAAUAUGGAAAGACGUACCCAGCAUACAAAAUGAUGUCUGCUGCAGAUUUACUGAAAGAGGAGAAGCAAAUCUCGACAGCCAAAGUAUUAAAGAAGCUUCCCAUCAACUAUUUGAUUACCGAUAAUGAUUUAAUGACAAAAAUAAAAAUAAUUAAGAAAUGGCUCUGUAAAGAUUAUGAAGUUCAUAUCCAUAUUAUGGGAAAUAGUGAAGCACAGUCUAGAAUGAAAAAUGUUUUUGCUAAAAUGGAAGAAGAACUGAAAACUGAAUCCAGAAUGCUAAAUAUAAGGCAUAAAGAGGAUGGAAUAAAAUUUAUCGCAAUGCAACCAAAACAAGUAAAGCAAGCUGAGACAGCUGCUGACUCUAAGAAAAAAGAUGAUACCCCCAGCUUAUGAUUGUAAAGUGAACAAUGUAGAUAUUAAAAUUUCAAUCUUCUAGUA